AUGCAGUCGUUCCUCGGCAGCUUAAAUUACUACAGCCGCUUCAUCGAGGACUUCGCCGUGUAUGCCGCGAUCUUGUACGAACUGCGCGAGUCGGACUUCUUCGAGUUGCGUCGCCGAACGAAGAUCGUGGAUCAUCCAUUGCAGACAAGGGACGCCGACCAAGUCGAGAUCGAUGAAGACCGCUGGACGAGAGCCACUCUCGCGUUCACCAUACUGAAGGCAAAGAUCGUGUCAGCCCCGAUCUUGAAACACUUCGACUCUGAUCGCCCACUCGUGAUCGUAGUUUACGCGAACAAGUGGGCGAUCUCCGCAGCCUUGAUGCAGGAGCAUGAUGGCGUGUUCUGA